AUGUACGCCAAAGGGGGGAACGCGCAAAACGGGCCCAACGGCCCGAACGACGAAAAUUACCGAAAUGACGAAAACUGCGAAAAUAAUAAAAUGAACAUGAACAACUACAAAAAUAUUAUGCACAAUCAGAAGAAAAAAAAACUGGGUCUGAUGGACAUGGAUUAUUUAGACAAGGCCGUGAAUUUUAGCAAGGCAGAGAAGAAAGGCAACAACUGCGUGGCGGGGGAGGAUCAGGCUAGAAGUGAAAGUGACGUGGAGGAGGAAGAGGAAGACGACGAUACUGAUGACGAUGAUGAAGACUACCAAAUUGGCGAUGACGAGGAGGAAGACGAUGAGGACGAUGAUGAACUGGAUGAUGACUACGAGGAGGAAGAGUUCGAUGAGGAACUAAGACAAAUCAACUUCAACUCAUACAACAAUUAUUAUUACGAGGCAGCCAACCCAGAGGAGGGAGAAAAUAAUUUGCAGAUGGAUCACCAGAGGGGGAAUGAAAAUGAGGAAGUGACAACUGAUAGGAAGAACGAGCUGAUGUUUGAGCGGUACAAUAAGUUGCUGGCAAAUUACCGAUCCAGGAAGGAGCAAAUGAGGGAGGAGUAUUCGAAUGGAAACGUCAUUCAAAAAGAUGGGGAGGAAGUCGAAGAGGGGGCCUCCUGCUACAGCUGCAACAGUAACAACGAUGAAGCGACCAAAGCAGGCACAUGUGAACCAAGUGAAACCUUGAACAAUAGAAAUACUGAUGAGGGCAACCCGAACAGUGAGUAUUACCUGACGGGAGACACCUCCUACCUGAGGGAAGAAAGCGGCAACUUCAUCUCCGAUGUACUAAACCGAAUAGACCAAAUAUACAACAAACAGUCUAGGUACACAAAUUUAAAAAAUGUGAACAACACCAACAACAGCAUCUGCAUAAAUGACUUGAACUUAAACCUCAUAAGUGAUUACCUAAAUGUAGACAUAUCCGUUUUUCACAAAAAAACUACCGUCCUUCUGUUGGGCAAUCCCCAGAGUGGAAAGAGCUCCUUCAUUAAUUGGUUCACCGAAAGUUACGUCCAGAACACCAAUUCGAUCGCCAAAAAAAACGAAAUUACCUACGUAGAUAUAAAAAAUAAAUUUAAGUUCAAUUUUAAGAGGCUAAAUAAUGCCAACUACCAGUUUGGCCUUAUCAACAGGCACAGAAAUAGGGGUGGAUCUUAUGGCUCUUCCCACUACAGUAGGGAAAGACACCCUCCCCACAUGAACAAUGAUCAUAUGGGUGACCCCAACGAGGAGGAACUCCCCCCUAUUGGAAGUACAAUACCCAACAUGGAUACGCACAACGAAAGCAAGAAAGUAAUCCUGUCAGGAGAAAACUGCGAUUAUCUAUUCAUGCCAUUUCAGAAACUACGAAAGAAGGCACACAAUGUUAAGAAGUACAUUUUUGGAAAAAUCUGCUACCAGAAUAAUCUAACCAAAUACAUGAACAGAAUCAAUUCUGUAUCUUUUUUAGAUACCAGUGGGAUCAAUGAUAUAUGUGAUUUGGAGUACGAUGAAAUUAUCAUGAAUCUGUCCAAAUACGUAGAUGCAAUUUUUCUAUUUAUUGAUUCUAAUCAGUUUUCUAUAAACAAUAGGUUGCUUAGAAUUAUUAACUACCUGAUGGAUAAUCAGUUGAACAAAGUUACCAUUUGUCUCACCAGGAUUGAUCGGAUUCAAAAGGUUAACCUGUAUAGAGUGGUUUUCUAUCUCACUCAGUAUUUUCUAAGAAGCUUGAAUUUGUUUAGGUACAGCUUUGCCAAUCCAAGCGGGGUGGCUUCCCUGGCCGAUGGGGAGCAAAUCGAGCCCUACGUGAAUCACCACAGCCAACUGGAUUGGCGGAACCCGCUGAGCAAAAAAGCCCACAUAAUAAACGAGUUCUUCAAUCGAUCCAUUCGGUCCUUCCAGAACGUCCUGCUCUUCCCCAAAAUGAUCACCAGAAUGAUUACCCGAAGAGCUACUCAACGGGGGAGUUUACGUGGCGACAUGGACGAUGUAGGGCAAUUCUACGGAAAGGAAAAAAGAUGCUACAACCAAGGGGGACGCAGCUAUGGUGGGGGAGACCACUACUUCGGUGAAGAGGAACCCUACCAGGAGGAUCGCCAAUUUUCCUACACGGACGACCAGAACAACUUCCCAAUGCAACACAGAAAAGGCGAACGCGUGCAGGAGAAAACUACCGGCGAAGAAGAGACAGGAGGAAUUUUCAAAAAAAUUCUGACCAAAAGUUACAACUCCUUUAAGGAUAAAAUACUGAGCUCGGGAAAUGCCUCCAAGGGGGGCAUCGGUCGAUUAAACUCGACGCUAAAGGGGGAGCAAGCUCCGAUGGGCUACCCCUCUGAGGGGCACUGUCCUACCAAAUACACCCCUCCGUCCAAGUCAAACGAAAGGAAGCUUAAAACACACCUGGACAAGCUGUUCGAAAAAAAAAUAAACUACGGAGAUUGCCUGAAAAACAUGAGCAUAUUCUUUGUUGUCCUCAUGUAUGAAGUAGUAACAACCAUCUACAGCAUAAUCCAUACGAGUAUAAGCAACUACAUUAAGAGGACGAGUGGUGGUCGUGGAAGAGCCAUUAACGUCGACAAGCUCCACCAACUAGAUGAAGCAAACAAAUUAAAAUACAAUCAUAUGAACGACAGAGAAAACAACACGUAUAAGGUACUCGAGUUUCUAACCAUUUAUCUUCCCGAAAUUCCAAGCGACCUACUUAAAAGGGAAAAGUGGAAAUAUGAAAAGGGGAGAGUCGAAGGAGCUAAUAGAAAAUACAAUCAUGAAAGAAGAAACAGAUUUAGCUGUAACAUUCAAUAUGAGCAUGAUGAGCAGGAGGACCACAUGGACAGUAGACAUGCCAAUUCAAGGUACCCCCAAAGGAGAAGCAUACCAGAGGAGUAUCUCCUUCUUGGGAAUGGAAACAAUGGGGUGAAAAGAUACGGGGACUACGCCAAAGGGAAUUACAACCGAGGAAGCUACAUCCCCGGUGUGGACAAUGACGUGUGCAGAGAAUCCUUCCUGACGGAGAGCGACUACCAUGCCACCGGGAGAAGCUCGGCCUACCGCCCCUCUGGCACACGCACAGGCAUGCACAGCGGAAUGCACAAUGAAGACGUGAGGGAACUUAACAUGAUACACGAGCUCAUAUUCAAAAUUGACGAAACGAUCGACCUGAAGAGCAACCAAAGCAUCUACAUGCUGAAAAGAGACCUGGAAAAAAUACAAAGCACCUGCUUAAAAAGACUUUCCGACAACGAACAAGUUGUGAAGCAAAACAGGUCCCUUCGAAUUCAAAACAUAAAGUUUUAUUUCUUCAAAUAUAUGGCCAUCUUUUUUGGCUUUAUCAUUUCGCUACUUAGAUACGAUCUGCUAGUGUACUUCAAUUUUAUCAAGCCAGAAUUGCUCUUCAGCAUUUUUUCAAAAUAUUUUCUCUUCCUCUCGUCCUACAAUAAAAAUUCCCUCUUCAUUGCCGUGAACGUUUUGUUGGUCGUUGCUUAUUUAGGGCUAUACGUCAGGUACAGUCGGCGUAAUUACUUCAAGUCGCUUGGAAAAAGUGACCUGAACAAGCUCAAGAUAAUUAUGCUCUUCACGCAAAUCAUCUUUGACGAGAUUAACCAGCUGCACUUGAGGCUCAUCGGCGGGCGCGAACGGGACGACCCAGUCCAACCCAACGCACCAAGCAUGCCGAGUGAGUCAAAUGGACCUAGCGACAGGGAAGACGGCGACUACGGCUGGUACGGCGGAUACAGUAACUAUCGACAGUCCCGUCAUUCCCCCCAUACCCGCAGGUGA